GUAUAUAUUCCAUGUUUUGUAGCUUAGCAGAGACUAACACAAAAUAACAAAAUUGUAUUAAGCUUCCAAUAACAAAACCCUAACCAAUCGGAGCUCGGGCCUAAGUGAGCAAUAGUCUGCAAACUGAAAGUGAGCUCCGGCGACGGCGGAAGAAGAGGCGCCAAAUCGGAGCGCAGAAUUUUACCUAACGUCAAAGCUUUAUUGUAUUGUAUAUAUAAUCAUUCCACCAUUUUAGGUGUGGAAAAACGGAGCUUCCAAUUCUUUUGCUCUACAUGGACUAAUGGACACCACAGCAACCACACUCUGCCUCUUCCUUCCAUAUCCAUUCACUUCCCGUCGCCAUAACCUCCAUUUCAACCGCCGCUUCUCCUCGCCGGACUCCCGACCACUCUUCACCCCUGUCUCCUGCUUCAAACCACGUCGUCGUACUCGCCGGAAAAACAGCCUCACCAAACUCCGCACCACCACCCACCAUCCCUUCGACUCCUCACCCUCUUCCUCUGAUUCGAACCUCCAAACUGUAAUUGAACUCGACCAAGUCGCCGCCGAAGCCUCCUCUCUUUUCUACUCCGUUUACUACACUUCCCGCUCCCACCUCCGCCAGUUUCUGUCAUCGGGAUUGGACGCUUUCGACGAUUUGCGGACAUUGAUUGCCUUUGAUGACCAAAAUCGAACGCUGACCGUCUCUUGUCGUCGUUCCACUGUGGAAUUCGUUGGCCAAUUGGUGCUGUUGAGCUUUGUUGUGGUCUUUGUAGUUAAGUUUUUAGUUGGGAUUGUAUCUCGUUUGGGUAACAAAUUUAGUUCUGGGUAUACGGCCCCUGUAAUGAGAAGGGACCGGAGCCUUGGUGGACGAGAGGUUGUUGUUGGGACUAGGAGGAGUGUUGUAGCGCGAAAUAAAGGUAUGGGGAAGAAAAAUAAUCUUUUAGGGUUAUUGGACAGUCCCGUGUUAGCGGACACAAUGGCUCUGAAUGAUGUUUCAAGUGAAAUUUCGAAGAACGGGGUUUGGGGUGGAGAAAGGUUGCCAAAAUGGUGGCCUCCGGCAGUUCCCCGACGGAAUGCUACGGCGAAUAGGCAAGAGUAUCAGAUAGAAGCUAACAGAUUAGUCCGAGCCCUUGUGGACAAUAGAAUGAGUGGGCGGGAUUUCAUGGAGGACGAUAUUGUUCAAUUGCGUGAAAUAUGCAGGAUAUCUGGAGUAAAAGUUUCCUUCAACACAGAAAAUAUGCGUGAUUCAUUUUAUCGAGCAUCUGUGGACUUUGUUUUAAAUAUCUAUAGCAGGACUCCCAUUUACCCACACUUAAUUUUUAUUAAUGGUGAGGAUGGUCCAAAUUUUAUUGCUGGGCUUGCUGAGGACAUUGGCAUUGAGAAUGUCCGUGCUGCCAGGAUAGUUUCUGCUGCUGUUGCUGCUAGAAUGCGUUCGUACUUCUUACAGGCCUGGGCUCUAGUGAUGCAAGACAGACAUUCAGAAGCAAAUGCUGAGUUGUUGAAGAUCUGUCACAUUAUACAGAUAUUCCCUCCUGAGAAGUCCUCGCCUGAGAUGGAGAUGUUGACUCUAGGCUUGAAGAAAGUCUUGAAGGUAGAACAGAGAGAAUCAUUAAUGAAUAUGUUUAUUGGUAUUUGUGGUAAAGAUAGUCAUAGCACCGCUGCGGAAGCUCUUGGUUUGGGAGAAAUUUCUGCAUCUGGAGACUACAAACUUCAAUGAGAGAUGCAAAUUUGGAUGUACAGAUUCGGAACUAGAAUAAGGAACAUCCAAUUUAGAAGGAAACUCCUUUUCACAAUCCUGAAAAAUUCAUCCAAAAGCUUCUACAUUUGAAUUGUCAAGUACACCGUCAGAUUCUAAGUUGCAAUUCUCAGCCUAAGCAUAAAUACAUUUUUUUUAAAUUGCUUUUUUUUUUUAUUUGUAGGAAAUAGAGAUGUAUAUUCAUCUAAGUCAUCAAGUAUAUCUAAAAUCCUUUAGAGACGUGCUACUCGUGCACUUUUAUGCUGUCUUUGAAAGGAAAUGAAUGAAAGAUGUUUGAAGAUAAGUUUUGAUUAUUUCCUCUUGAGCUUUGUUUAGCAUACGUUCAUUGGUGGUGCACAAAAUUAUCUCAAAUUGUUUUGUAGUUAUAGCUUUCUUGUGAUUAUUAACAAUCGGAGAGCUCUUUUUUUCCUUCCUUUUUUUUAAAAUAGUGUUGGAGGGGGUUUCCUCUACCCCUAUCUUUAGGUUGUUCUUUUGGCUCUUUUGAUGAAUGUACGUCUCUGUUUCAUAUUAAGAAAGAAAAAAAAUCAGCUUCACGUAGCUCAGACUUCCGUCUCCACAUUAUCAUCCACACAUGGAAUAGUAGGAGGCCGCGGGACAGAAGGGUUUUUCGUUGAAUAGAGUACUCCUUUUGUUUAAGGUCUUCUUUGAACCAUCGGGAGGAAAUUCAUUAGGACAGCUAUGGUUGACAGAGAGGUUGUUAUGUCUCAAAAAAUCUGGUGGCGUUGUGACUGUAUGUUUUUCUAAGAACAUAAUUCUUCAAUUUUAUCUGAAUUAUCAGAAGAGUUCUUAUCCUCA